CUAUAACUUCUCCUGGUCCCUCGUUGUGAUGCUGUAGUCACAGCAGCGGGUGCGCGCAAUUACGCAACACCCCCGCCUGUCCUGUUCUAAAUAACCGGAUCAGCGUCUCUCCUCAGCCUCAUCGGUCCUGCACCCAACCUGACACCGGCCAGCUCUCAGACAGACUGUCUCGUGACUCCAGCCAGCCUCAGCAACAAUGGGAAAGGAAAAACUCCACAUCAACAUUGUCGUGAUCGGCCACGUGGACUCUGGAAAGUCCACCACCACGGGACACCUCAUCUACAAGUGUGGGGGCAUCGACAAGAGAACCAUCGAGAAAUUCGAGAAGGAAGCCGCUGAGAUGGGGAAGGGGUCGUUUAAGUACGCCUGGGUGCUGGACAAACUAAAGGCAGAGAGGGAGCGUGGGAUUACCAUCGACAUAUCACUGUGGAAGUUCGAAACUAGCAAGUACUAUGUGACCAUCAUCGAUGCCCCGGGUCAUAGGGACUUCAUCAAGAACAUGAUCACUGGGACCUCCCAGGCAGACUGUGCUGUGCUGAUCGUGGCAGCUGGUGUAGGAGAGUUUGAGGCGGGUAUUUCCAAGAACGGACAGACCCGGGAGCAUGCCCUCCUGGCCUACACUCUGGGAGUGAAGCAGCUCAUCGUGGGCAUCAACAAGAUGGACUCCACUGAGCCAAACUACAGCCAGAAGCGAUAUGAGGAAAUUGUGAAAGAAGUGAGCACCUACAUCAAGAAGAUUGGCUACAAUCCGGACACAGUUGCCUUCGUUCCCAUUUCAGGCUGGAAUGGUGACAACAUGCUCGAGCCAAGCCCAAAUAUGACCUGGUUUAAGGGAUGGAAGAUCAACAGAAAAGAAGGAAAUGCAUCGGGGACCACACUACUGGAGGCUCUGGACGCCAUCCAGCCCCCCAGCCGUCCAACAGACAAACCUCUGCGUCUCCCCUUGCAGGAUGUCUACAAAAUAGGAGGUAUUGGAACAGUGCCUGUAGGCCGUGUGGAAACUGGCACACUGAAGUCAGGAAUGGUUGUGACCUUUGCGCCUGUGAAUGUGACAACUGAGGUGAAGUCUGUGGAGAUGCACCACGAGGCACUGACUGAGGCCCUACCUGGCGACAAUGUGGGCUUCAAUGUCAAGAAUGUGUCAGUCAAGGAUAUCCGCCGUGGCAACGUGGCUGGCGAUAGCAAGAACGACCCACCACAGGAAGCUGCCAACUUCACUGCUCAGGUCAUCAUCCUUAACCACCCUGGCCAGAUCAGUGCUGGUUAUGCUCCUGUGCUGGACUGUCACACAGCUCACAUCGCCUGCAAGUUUGCAGAGCUCAAGGAAAAGAUCGAUCGACGCUCUGGCAAGAAGCUGGAAGACAACCCGAAAUCCCUCAAGUCCGGAGACGCUGCAAUUGUGGAUAUGAUUCCUGGAAAGCCAAUGUGUGUUGAGAGCUUCUCUGAGUACCCUCCACUUGGACGCUUUGCAGUGCGCGACAUGCGGCAGACUGUGGCCGUGGGCGUGAUUAAGGGUGUGGAGAAGAAGGCCUCCACCACUGGCAAAGUUACCAAGUCCGCCCAGAAGGCCCAGAAGACCAAAUGAAUGUUGUGCUACUCUGCCGACCCCAAGGUCUCCCAUGGCAGGACAUCAGUCAUCCAACUUCACCCUACAAUUGGCUGCUUCAAUUCAAUAAUCAAAGACUGGUUAAUCAUCACAAUGCAUCGCAAAAGCAUUCGAAGGAAAGAACAACGUUUAGAUUUGAAAUCCUUGAAGCAGCAAUUCAUUUCAGUGGUUAGAUUACCAUUACGUACAAUGUUAUAUCAAACAGAUAGUCUUAAUUGUGCACUGUUGAUUUGAUUCAUGGCAAUACCUUUCAGUCAUAUUGAUAUUAAGGCACUGGUCUCUUAAUGUGGUACAUGUUGUCUUGCUUUUGUCGUUCGUUUGCAAAUACAUGGUGCUCUGUAGGAGUCUUUGGCCAGAAGCUAAAACUACGUUCCUUCCAGAAGUAGAUUCAUAGAGCUUUGUGAUUUGUUGUGUUUAAGCUUUCAAUAGCACCUAGGACAAGUGUUUCAAAUGUAUCCUUCCCAGGGGACUCCGAGUAGACCACCUGUUGAUUCUUAACGCACUUUGAUUGGAGUUUUGCUAACUUUGCACUUGCACAGGAGAAGCUUAAUUUUUUUGCAUAAGCUACUGCACCUUACUGUUAGUUGGCAUGAGCCUCUUAGCAACAUUAAACAUGUUUCAACCAAAAA